AUGAGCAAAAAGCAACAAGCAGAAUCAGCAACUCGUGCUGCAACCCCACCCAACCUGUCCUAUGAUAUGCCCAAAAGAAAUAUCUGGCGGGAUAUUCGACAUCAUCUUCAUCGAAAUAUGCUUCCCUAUUUAAUUGCUUCUCCUUUUGCUGUAUGGAUUUUCUCAAAUUAUUGGAUCCGAGGCUCUAGAAAGAACGAGAAGGUCAUCUCUGCUCCGAACGUUCUCACGUGGAAGAGAGAAUGCGAGAAAAUUGGACAAAAGAAAAUUGAUGCUCUCGGAAUUGAUUUAAAAUCCGAAUUGGAGAAGAAUAUACCAGUGCGAGAAGAGGUAGUUUCAUUAUAUCCUAUUGCACACGGACAGAAUAAUGCUUCUUCGUACAGCAUGAGUAAGGAAGAACAAUUGAAGUUUGUGGAAGAGCUGUUCCCAGAUUUGGUCGCUAAAUUUAAAUCACAAAGAGGAAUUUUGAAUUAA